AUGAUUCCACUAUUUUUGCAGUGUGUAACAUCAGCAACCCAGCGUGGUUCACCAUCUUAUUGGCUUAACAACUGGGACAAAACGAAUCCAAUCAUUGCCUAUUGGAAUAUUGCUCAAAUGUCUUGGACGGUUGAACCCACAGCCCAUCCAGGUAUAAAUCACGUUAAAGCAUAUUCCGAGAAAGUUCGUGAUGUUUUAACAGCCGAUUCUUUUGCAGUUGAAGUUGAUGGAAAAAUUUAUGGUAAUGACAUGCUUUUUAAUAACACCCAUCUCGGUGGAUGCACAAUGGGUAUUGAUGGAAAACUUUCUGUCAUAUAUGAUCAAUACAGCAAGAAAGCUCUUCCAAUCACAAUUGAAAGAGAUUUGUAUAUGCCUCCAAAUGAAGAAUAUUAUCUCGUAAAAUAUAUUAUCAAAUCAGCUGAUGGUGCAUCCCACCGUAUCAGACUUCUUGAUUACGCUGUUUCUGGAACAGAUAAACAAUAUUCAACUGGAACAUGCACUAGUACUACAUGCUCAAUGAACCGUGAUGCUGCUUACAUCGCAUCAGUUGUUAUUUCCCUCGAUAAGAACUACGAUCCUUUAACUACAGUCGGAAACGGUGAUUUCAAGGAUUCAACAAACCCAUUGACAGCAUUUGCAGCCACAGGAACUAUUCCUUCAUUCCCACAAUACGCACAGUCACAGAUUGCUUACGGAGCUCUUUAUGAUUUUAAUUUACAAAAUACUGCAACUGUUUCAUCAAUCCGUGCCUUCGGACGUUCAUUUAAUGAUGCAAAGACCACAAUGGCAAAGGCUUCUGCUCUUGGCUCAGAUAAUAUUAUCAAAUUAACAAAUGAACGCUAUACAGCAUUCCUUUCCAAAGGAGUACAGCCUUUAUUAACUGGUGAUGCAUUAGACCUCUACAAGAAGUCCAUUUUGACCCUCAAAAACUCUCAAAACCCAGAAAAAGGUUUAAUUUCCUCUUCUCUUCAUCCGAACUACGAUUACAAGAACUGGAUGCGUGAUUCUGUCAUGGCCGCCUUCAUGCUCGACGCUGCUGGUUAUCACGACGAAUUCAAAUUGUUCUUUGAUUGGGUUGAUACAGCGGAAUUAAGAGAUGACGGAGGUUUCCAUACAACAUAUGAUGUAAUGACAGGAGACGUCAGCAUGUUCGUAGAGCCACAAUUCGAUGCAAACGGAUUAUAUUUGGUCGCAUUAAAUUAUCACUUAAAAGUUUAUGGCGAUGAAGAAUGGGUCAAAGGAAAAUUAAAUCGCGCAAGAGAGAUGGUCAAAUUCAUCAAUACAGACUCCGGAUUCCACAAAUUACCUUUAAGUGACAGAUCUCCUUGGGAAGAAUCAUCAGACCAUCAUACAAAAGAACCAUUACCUUGCCAAUGGUACUCCUGGGAAAUGGGAUGCUUGUUUGGAGGAAUGAGAGCUGCUGCUUCAAUUGAAAACAAAAUUGGUGAUGCAAAACGCGCACAAGAGGACAUAGCCAGAUCAGAAGAAAUUAGAAAAGGCGUUUUAGAAGCUUUAUGGGACAAAAACAAUAACAAAUUGUAUCGUGGUGUCAGAGAUGACGCAGAACAAAUGCCAGAUACAAGAGCCGACUCCGCUUCCAUGUCAUGUGUCUUCUUCGGAUUAAUUUCAGGCGAUGCCGCUAAAAGCCAUUUGAAUUUCAUCACUUCGAAAUUAUCUAAACUCGGAGGAGGUGGAAUUGCAAGAUACGAAGGCGAUCCUUAUUUCUUUGACUCAGUAUGGAAUCCAUGCGGCGAAGGAACAAGAGAAACACAGGUUUCUGAACCAGCUUGGCCUGUUGUUACAGCUUACGUUGCUUGGUCGGAGAAAGUUCUUGGUAUGGACAUAAAGAAGAGAUUGAACUGGAUGGUCUCAGUCGCUGCAAAUGGAAAUAUGCCUACAGGAGAAGCUGUUGAUUCCAAGGAUGGCGCUUUAGUUGUUCCUUCUGCACCAGACUGCUUCGAACAUGCCGGUGUAUAUGUCUAUACAACACUUCUCGACCAAGGCAAAGCUAGAAGCCUAAUUGAUACAUUUUAA